GACUCAGCGGCCUCGAGGCCUACACUCCUUCGGCGGGCGACUAUAAGCUUAUAGACGGCCUAUUGCUACAGUGGGGCCGCGCGCUGCUGAAGGGCGCUGCAGUUUCGAAGAUCGCGCAAGCCGACGGCGCCAUCAAGCAUAUUUCGCUGUCGGCUGUGCGCAUCUGGACCAAGCUUGGCUCAGUCCCCUCGCAGCUAGAACUUCGCAUCCGACGGCGACGCUGGCUGCAAGAGAUUGCUGCCCACCGCUCUGAGAACAAACAGCUGCUGGCAGCGAUCUGCGGGCAGAUGCGUGGCGAAGAAUACACUACCUGUGAAGAUGGUCUUCUCGCUCGGGACGACGCCGGACAGGUCCGUGGGGACCCCUGGGCCCUUCAAGCCCUCAAUUACAUCGCACUCCUGGUGCGCUUUGAAAAGGGCCCCGAGUUGCUCACCGCCGUGGGGCACAUCCAUCUGAGAGCUUUCACCGACGAGUUCAGCACGAGGCUUCACACAUUAAACUUUGGCAAGCUCCGCAACGUGUUCUGGGAUGGGGAUAUCGAUGAG